AUGAUGAACCUUUUUCUUACCAGAGCCGCUAGGGUUUCUUCUCUUACCAAACAAAAUGCUGUCGCUGCUUUCAAUUCUUCUCGGUGUGUCCAUUCAUUACCACUUGCCGCCACAGUACAAGCAGAAGAGAUAUCUGGUGCAAAUCCUGCUGAAGUUUUGAACUUGGUGCAGGGUAAAUGGAUUGGAUCAUCAAACUGGAAUACAAUUCUGGAUCCUUUAAAUGGAGAGCCAUUUAUUAAAGUUGCUGAAGUUGAGGAAUCAGGCAUUCAGCCCUUUGUAGAAAGCUUGUCCAGCUGCCCCAAACAUGGUUUACACAAUCCUUUUAAGGCACCAGAGAGAUAUCUUAUGUAUGGAGACAUAACUACUAAGGCAGCUCACAUGCUAUCACUCCCUAAGGUUACAGAUUUCUUUGCAAGGCUAAUACAAAGAGUUUCUCCAAAGAGUUAUCAGCAGGCUUUUUCUGAAGUUUAUGUGACACAAAAAUUUCUAGAGAAUUUCUGCGGAGAUCAGGUUCGCUUCCUGGCUAGGUCUUUUUCAGUACCUGGAAAUCAUCUUGGACAGCAAAGUCAUGGCUUUCGUUGGCCAUAUGGUCCGGUGGCAAUUAUUACUCCUUUUAAUUUCCCCCUAGAGAUUCCAGUCCUUCAAUUAAUGGGUGCUCUUUAUAUGGGCAACAAGCCAGUCCUUAAAGUCGAUAGCAAGGUGAGCAUUGUAAUGGAACAAAUGCUGCGCCUUCUUCAUUCGUGUGGCUUACCUGUAGAAGAUGUAGACUUCAUAAAUUGUGAUGGAAAGACAAUGAACAAGCUGCUGCUAGAGGCAAAUCCAAGGAUGACCCUUUUUACCGGUAGUUCAAGAGUGGCAGAGAAGUUGGCUGAUGACUUGAAGGGCCGUGUUAAAUUAGAAGAUGCUGGGUUUGACUGGAAAAUAUUGGGCCCUGAUGUUCAUGAGGAAGAUUACGUUGCAUGGGUAUGUGACCAAGAUGCAUAUGCAUGCAGCGGUCAAAAGUGCUCAGCACAAUCGUUGUUAAUUAUGCAUGAGAACUGGUCUAAGACUUCCUUGGUAUCUAAGUUGAAAGAACUUGCUGAGCGAAGAAAGCUAGCAGACUUGACAAUUGGCCCAGUCCUAACUUUUACAACUGACGCGUUGCUAGAACACACAAAAAAUUUACUUGAGAUACCAGGAUCAAAGCUGCUCUUUGGUGGCCAGCCUUUGGAAGACCAUACAAUUCCACAAAUUUAUGGUGCUAUUAAACCAACUGCAGUUUAUGUUCCUCUUGAGGAAAUUAUGAAGGAUAAGAAUUAUGAGCUUGUGACAAAAGAAAUAUUUGGGCCUUUUCAGGUUGUUACUGACUACAAAGACCAUCAACUACCAAUUGUGUUGGAGGCUUUGGAAAAAAUGCAUGCACACUUAACUGCCGCCGUAGUUUCAAAUGAUCCUUUAUUUUUACAAGAAGUGAUUGGGAAAUCAGUAAAUGGCACUACUUACGCAGGUCUAAGAGCAAGAACAACUGGAGCUCCACAAAACCACUGGUUUGGACCUGCUGGUGACCCUAGAGGUGCAGGAAUUGGAACACCUGAGGCUAUAAAACUUGUAUGGUCAUGCCAUAGAGAAGUAAUUUAUGAUUAUGGACCAGUAUCAAAGGGGUGGAAAAUUCCUCCUUCAACAUGA